CCUGUACCUGUUUAUUCUAGAUUGGAUUAGUUCCUGGCAGUACUUCGUUCCUUCUAUAGUAGGUAAUUAUAACAGCAAUAGAAAUAGUGAGCACUGGAGUAUUAAAGGUGUCAUCUGCCCUCUUCAUAACUCACUCGCUGAAUCCUCCUAUUCACACCAACACUAUCAUACCUCCUCCCCAAUCUCGUCAAAUAUCACCCCACUAUGACAGACUCUACCACCACCACAACAACUACAUCACCACCCCUCCGCAUCGGCGUCCUCCUCUUCCCGGGCUUCCAAGCCCUCGACGUCUUCGGUCCCCUCGACGUCCUCAACGUCCUCUCCUGGUCCACCAACACCAACACCCCAAAUACAAUACCCUCCCCAACUCCACCCAUAUCCCUAACCCUCCUCUCCACCACCCUCACCCCCAUAUCCACCCUACCCCCCUCCCUCCCCAACGCCCUCUCCCAAUCCAUCCUCCCAACAGCAACCCUCACCUCCUCUCCGCCGCUCGACGUCCUCCUCAUCCCCGGAGGCUGGGGCACUCGCGCCCCGCUCCCCGAACACAUCGAGUACAUCCGCUCCGUCUACCCGUCCCUCAAGUACCUGUUGACUGUGUGUACGGGGGGGAAGUUAGCUGCGAGGGCGGGCGUGCUGGAUGGGAAGAGGGCCACGACGAAUAAGAAUGAUUGGGAGAGUGUGGUUAGGGAUGCUCCCCGCGUGGAGUGGGUGAGGGAGGCGAGGUGGGUGGUUGAUAAGUCUGCUGGGGGUGCGGAGGGAGAUGAUGGUGUAGAGGUGUGGAGUUCGGCUGGUGUGAGUGCCGGUGUGGAUUUGAUGUUUGCGUGGGUGGAGAGUAUUUGGGGGGAGGAGGUUGCGGGGAGGGUUGAGAGGGUGUUGGAGUUUAGGAGGUGGAGGGAGGGGGAGAGGGAUCCUUUUGUUUGUUAGAGGUUUAGGAGUGAUUGAUAUUGUUUAUUGAAUGUUUGGGGGGGGGCGGUGGUGGUGGUGGUGAUGGUGGUGGAUAGGGAUAUUCUCCUGGGGUGUUAUAUGUUAUGGAUUGUUGUGUUGAUGAGAAUUGUGAACGUGAACGUGAACGUGAACGUGAACAUGUAUGGAAUGGAAUUGAUCGCUGUUGAAUCGGACGUGUGAACCAAAGGAUACUAUGUAGAAGCAUUUCAACGCCAGUAUAAAUGAUUCCCAUAAACUAUCAUGCCAUAACAAGACGUAAAGAAAUGAGGUGAUUACAACUUCUUCUCCAACUUCUUCAAAAACCGAUUCACCCCGUGCUCCACCUUAUACGCACUCUUCACAAAAUACUGCGGCCGAUGCGGAUCCCCC